CCCAAAGCGGAAGUUGAAUAGAGGGCGCUGUGAGGUUUCGGAAAAUUAUGGCAGCAGCAAUGGAUAUAGAAGAAGAUAUGGACAACGGAGCACCCGCAGCUCCAGGGGAUAAAGGAAGUAAAAAGAGAUUUGAAGUGAAGAAGUGGAAUGCUGUGGCAUUGUGGGCAUGGGAUAUUGUUGUAGACAACUGUGCUAUCUGCAGAAAUCACAUCAUGGAUCUGUGUAUAGAGUGCCAGGCUAACCAGGCCUCGGCUACCAGUGAGGAGUGCACUGUGGCCUGGGGAGUCUGUAAUCAUGCUUUCCACUUCCACUGCAUCACACGGUGGCUGAAGACGAGGCAGGUGUGUCCACUAGACAACAGAGAGUGGGAAUUUCAAAAGUAUGGUCAUUAAGAAGAAAGAAGGGGGAGACUCAUCUUUUGUCUUUCUUUUGUCUGUUUGUACAUGACAGUUAAAAUAUCACUAAGCCAUUGUAUUUGUUUACAAAUUGUCAAAGAAUAAAUGUAUGUGUCACACAAAA